GCGGCUGACGGCGGGGGAGGAGCUGGGUCCACUGCCGGUUGGAGGGGCAAGUCGAGUGUCCUUAUCCUAGCGAUUGGGACUCGGGCCUGUGAGCCAGUUGGAGUUGCAGCGGCGGGAACGAUUGGGCCGAGCGGAGGAAGACAUGUUGCUCUUCGUGGAGCAUUUAUGGGGUUAAGUGGCAUGGGAUUUCUGUUUUCUGAUAGUAAAUAGCAGGUAACAUCUAAAGGAACUGGUUUAAAUCCUAAUGCCAAAGUAUGGCAAGAAAUUCCUCCUGGAAAUACUGAUACUACUCCAGUAACUCAAGGAACUGAAAGUUGGCAUGAAACAGCAGCCACAUCAGGAUCUCAUCCUGAGGGUAAUACAGAGCUUUCAGAAGAUAUAUGUAAGGAAUAUGAAAUAAUGUAUUCUUCAUCUUGUGAAACCACAAGAAAUACUACAGGCAUUGAAGAACCAACUGAUGGAAUGAUUUUAGGACCAGAAGAUCUGAGUUACCAAAUAUAUGAUGUUUCCGGAGAGAGCAAUUCAGCAAUUUCUACAGAAGACUUAAAAGAAUGUCUGAAGAAGCAAUUAGAAUUCUGUUUCUCACGAGAGAAUUUGUCAAAGGAUCUUUACUUGAUAUCUCAAAUGGAUAGUGAUCAGUUCGUCCCAAUUUGGACAGUUGCCAACAUGGAAGAAGUAAAAAAGCUGACCACAGACCCUGAUCUAAUUCUUGAAGUGUUGAGAUCUUCUCCCAUGGUACAAGUUGAUGAGAAGGGUGAGAAAGUGAGACCAAGUCAUAAGCGUUGUAUUGUGAUUCUUAGAGAGAUUCCUGAAACAACACCAAUAGAGGAAGUGAAAGCUUUGUUCAAAAAUGAAAACUGCCCCAAAGUGAUAAGCUGUGAGUUUGCACACAAUAGUAACUGGUAUAUCACUUUCCAAUCAGACACAGAUGCACAGCAGGCUUUUAAAUACUUAAGAGAAGAAGUUAAAACAUUUCAGGGCAAGCCAAUCAUGGCAAGGAUAAAAGCCAUCAAUACAUUUUUUGCUAAGAAUGGUUAUCGAUUAAUGGAUUCAAGUAUGUAUAGUCACCCCAUUCAAACUCAAGCACAGUAUGCCUCACCAGUCUUUAUGCAGCCUGUAUAUAAUCCUCACCAACAGUACUCGGUCUAUAGUAUCGUGCCUCAUUCUUGGUCUCCAAAUCCUGCACCGUACUUUGAAACGCCACUGGCUCCCUUUCCCAAUGGUAGUUUUGUGAAUGGCUUUAAUUCACUAGGAUCUUAUAAAACAAAUGCUGCUAUGAGUAUGGGUCGACCAUUCCAAAAAAAUCGUGUGAAGCCUCAUUUUAGGUCAUCCAGUGGUUCAGAACACUCAACAGAGGGCUCUGUGUCAUUGGGAGAUGGACCAUUGAACAGAUCUAGUUUAAGGAACUUUCCAACUGAACGGCAUAACCCUACAGUAACAGGACAUCAGGAGCAAACUUAUCUUCCAAAGGAGACUCCCACUUCACAAAUGGAACAGAAUGGGGACUAUGGUAGGGGCAGGAGAACUCUUUUCAGAGGUCGAAGACGACGAGAAGAUGACAGGAUCCCAAGACCCCAUCCUUCAACAGCUGAAACAAAGGCUCCAACACCAAAGUUUGACUUAUUAGCCUCAAAUUUUCCUCCUCUACCUGGAAGUUCAUCAAGAAUGGCAAGUGAACUUGUUUUGGAGAAUAGGAUGUCUGAUGUUGUUAAAGGUGUCUACAAAGAAAGGGAUAAUGAAGAGUUGAGAGUUAGUCGCCCAGUGCCUGCAGAGGAUGAGCAGACAGACUGCCCUUCUGCCCAGCAACCCAGUAUGAGUGCCAGUCCUCCAUGUGCAGCUGAGCUUCCUGCAUUAAGCACAAUUCAGCAAGAAAAGGAUCUAAUAGACGAUGCUACUGUGCAGAAGGAUGUUCUCAACCAGAUGACUAUACCAGUGUCUUCCUCAAGUACUGCAAAGCCAUCAAGGGCAAAUACUGCUUCACCAUGUAAUAGUAACACAAAUGCAUCUGUAACCGUGGCCCUACAGGAACCCCGAAAGUUAAGUUAUGCUGAAGUGUGCCAGAAGCCUCCUAAAGAGCCAUCUCCAGUUCUUGUGCAGCCACUUCGGGAACUUCGCUCCAAUGUAGUGUCUCCCACCAAAAAUGAAGAGAAUGGAGUUUCUGAAAAGUCUGUUGAGAAACCACAUGAGAAACCAGAAGCAAGGGCUAGCAAGGAUUAUUCUGGCUUCCGAGGCAAUACCGUUCCUAGGGGAGCAGCUGGAAAAAUCAGGGAACAGAGACGUCAGUUUAGCCAUAGGGCUAUACCUCAGGGAGUGACUCGACGUAAUGGCAAAGAGCAAUAUGUGCCACCCAGAUCACCAAAGUAAAAAAAAAAAAAAAAAAAACUAUUCAAAUUCUUCUCUCUCUUCCCAUUAAACUUGAGCCGUGGCUAUAUUGAACUGUUUUGAAGGGGAGGGGAUAACUAGGAAGGAAACAGGAGAAAGUACAUCCUUAAAUCAUUAUGUAUUUCGGCGUUGUGAGCGGUAGAAUCCCAAAAUUCAUCUCUAAAGUGAUUUUAAAAUGCUGGAGGAUUCCAAUCAGUAUAAAUAUAUAUAUAUAUAUAUAUAUACACACACACACAUAUAUAAAAAUAUAAUUUUUCUAUUUUUGUUUUUGAUUUUAAUUUGCAGAGAUUUCUGCCUGGAAUCAAUUUUUGAGGGUUCAGAUUUAGCUUGGAAAAAAAAAUUAUACAUCCUUCAGUAUAGGAGAUGAGGGAGUGAGAGAAAAUAUUUUUUGAAGAAGCAUUUCUGUAAAAUUAGAAAUUACCUUUUUUAAUCUAUUUAAAGUUUGGCUUGAAGAAUGACAUCUCUGACUAUAUGGCCUUGUGUUGCAAAGCAGAUCAGUGGCUGGGGUGCCUGUUGUGGGUGUGAGUGUGUAUAAGAGUGAUUGAAGGCAAAUCUGUUGUCAUCUUAGUAAAUGAUUUGAAAAUUGAAUGUAA